AAAGUAAUGUGUCAAAGUAGUCGAUUAUUUCUGUUCAGUUUUGUGGCUCUAUCGAAACACGUGCGACCUACAUUUUUGUUUUAAUUUUUCGCAACGUAUUUAAAAGGGUAGAAAGAUUUUAUGAUGAACGACACGAAGGAGAGCAAGUUGUCCCUAGAGCCCUGCAACGGGAUCGUCUUUGAGGGACCGUUCAACCGCUCCGUGAGCAGGAAGCUUGUCAUCGGGAAUCCGAGCGGUUCGCAGAGGGUUGCCUUCAAGAUGAAGACCACCACCCCGAAACUGUUCUUUGUACGUCCCAACAUCGGAGUUUUGGAACCUGGUCAGAAGGUCAACGUGGACAUCUUCAUGCAGCCGAUUCUCCAGGAACCGCCACAAAAGCGCCACAAAUUUCUCCUGUUGGCGGCCGAAGCAACUGAUGACAUGAGCGACCUGCCGCAAUUCUGGAGGCUGCAAACGCCGGAAAGCAUCUGGGAGACCAAGAUCCGGUGUGAUCUGAUCCCGUUCAAGGAGGAGCAGUAUCGUCAGGCGGGCGGAGGAAGAGCCCCAUCCGCUUUGGACACCAAGGGAGGCGAGGACACCUUCGAUGUCCAGGAAGUCAGCGAUCCGAUGGCCAAGUUGCUCAAGCAGGUCAGCAUGCUGGAGGACGAGCGCUUAGUUCUUAAGGAGGAGCUCGACAUCUUGCGCGACCAGACGAUCGGAUCAAACCAUUCUGGACAGGGGAUGAUGAAUCGUUCGCGCCAAGGACGCAGCACUUUCAUCUACGUGGCCGCCUUCAUACUUACCAUCUUGGCCGCCAUCGGAGGCGCCUUUUAUGGCAAGAACUAUUUGUGAAACACUCAUCCACGCACGGCAUGCUUAGAACCAAGCCAAAUUAUACGAAAAUUUGUUGUCAAUUAAAACAAAUAACGAUUUAGGUCUUUUCGAUUGGCCCUCUAUGUCUCAAA